UUGGAGGGACGCCGUUACGUUACCCCCCUUACACAAGCAGACCGGCGGCCUCUGCUCGGACUACACAGACACCAACAUGCAGCCGGUUCCAGCCCGGAGCUCAGCCACGUUACGGUAACGGUAGAAUCAAUUACAGUCAAUACGGCAGCGAGGCGAGGUCCUGCAGCGAGGCUCGUUUUCUUCCACCGCCACUGGACACCCGAGGAUGUACAGGGAGAUGAGCAGCGGGAAUGGUCAGCGAGCCGGAUCGAUGCUCCUAUCGGUCAUAAAGUAGACCCCUCCGCCAGAGCCCCACACACAAAACAGCUGCUUAUUGCUUCGCAUGAACCCUGGCAGGAUUGGGCUCGGGAGUCAGGAUGAGAAAACCCAAAGUCAGCCGGAUGGGGCUCGCCUUGUGUCUGGGGUGUUUCAUUAUGGUCCUCCUCUACUUUAACAGCAGCCUGAAGCCAGCCUCGGAGCCGGUCGGUGACAGAAGCAGUGGGCAGAAGUCGAGGAGGAGCCCUCUACAGACGCUUUAUGAUGGCGACCAGGUGGAGUCACCAGUACAGGCGAUCCAUCAGGGUCGACGGGAGGUGUUAGAAGAAGCCUGCCGCUCCUACACCCGAAAACGCAGAGUCCUCAUCCCGGAGGACCUGAAGCACGUCAUCGUGGACGACCAGCAUGGCUUGCUGUACUGCUACGUGCCCAAAGUGGCCUGCACCAACUGGAAGAGGGUGCUCAUGGUUCUGACGGGCGUCGCCGGGUCCCUCCGAGACCCACUGGCGAUCCCAGCCAACGAGGCCCACAUCCCGGGGAACCUGCGCACCCUGUCGGAGUACUCCACCUCACAGAUCAACCAGCGCCUGCGCUCAUACCUGAAGUUCGUAUUCGUGCGUGAGCCCUUCGAGCGGCUGGUGUCUGCAUACCGCAACAAAUUCACACGGAGCUACAACACCGCCUUUCAUAAACGAUACGGCACAAAGAUUGUGCGGCGGCACAGGCCGGAUCCACAGCCGGAAGCUAUGGAGAGAGGGAACGACGUCUCCUUCGAGGAGUUUGUGUAUUACCUUGUGGACCCAGCGACCCAGCAUGAGGAGCCCUUCAACGAGCACUGGGAGCGGGUGCACUCGCUGUGCCACCCCUGCCUCAUCCACUACGACGUGGUGGGUAAGUACGAGACGCUGGAGCAGGACUCCCGCUACGUGCUACAGCUGGCCGGGGUUGAGGACCAGGUCAGCUUCCCCGCCUCAUCCAAGAGCACCAGGACUACAGGAGAAAUGGCGGCCCAGUUCUUCCACAAUAUCAGCCCCUUCUACCAGAAGAAGCUGUACAACCUCUAUCGCAUGGACUUCCUGCUCUUCAACUACUCAAUACCAGCCUACCUGAAGUUUAGCUGAGGCUGGGACAUUUCUCAUCCAUGGAUUAGACUUGAACACGUGGAGCUUGGACUUUUUAAAGUACAGUUUUGAGAUGUUUUUCUCUGUGCUUGCCUUAUUACGGACUGACUUUUACAGACUGAAAAUCUUCUGCAGAAGAUAAAAACAGGAGAGGACGUUUAAUCACAAGAUGACGCUUGUUGCCUAAAUAAGGCAAAUCAUAUUUUACUGUAUAUUUUGAUCCAGCAGAUGUUGGUCACUGCCUUUUGAAAGUGUGAAAUACCGUUCAACUUUUGGUUUAAUUUAAUUUUGGAAUCUGCUGUUCCAAAAGUGUAAUUUACACGACAAAUGUAAUCUGCAGUAGCUCAUUGAAGGUAUUAAAAUCGUCUUCAGACAGUGAAUGUCUCCAAACGUACGUGCCUCUGAUCGUGGGCCUUAUUUUCAACAACUUUUUUAAACUGUGACUAUGUUUCUUUUUUUGUGCUGUAGGAAGAGAUUUUUGUGUAACAAUGACAUUGUUUUUAUUUAUUGUGUUAUUGCUGACUCCGCGAAGUCCGACAAACCAAAAUAGAUAUAUACUUUCUCACAAUUUCACAAAAUCAAAUAAAUGCAUUUCAGCAAGAGUUUGUUUAUUGGUUUGAAUGGACUGGAUAUAACUCAGCAAUCCUGAUUCUUGACACUCUGCUGUACAGAUAUCCUUCAAAAUACAGCAAUCAUAACUUACAUGUCAGUCUUUUAUUUCAAUGACAAAUCAUGGCUGCAAAGAUGUCCUCUAGAAGUUUUAACAAAUAUGAUAGCCAGUUCCAGUUAUUCUUGAUGUCGCUGUGAAAAUAUAAUUAUUGCUAUCUUUGGAAUGCUAUUUUCAGAUCAGAAAAGGCAAGAUUCUUUUCUAAAAGUGCAUAUUAAACCAUGGAAAAUGCCCUGUACAAAUGAAUGCAUACUCAAUAAUUUGUUCACAAAUAUAGCACAAAGAAACAUCUGUAUUGUCAAUAACUGUAACACAUACCAAAAUGGAGGCAGUUGAUACAACAGGUUAUAUUUAGUGGCACUGUGCUGCACAAAAAAUAACACCAGUAGAUAUUUGGCAACACCAAACUUAGAGUUCAGAAGAACACGAGAGAAAUGAAGGCUUUAUCAUGGUCUAAAGGCACAAACCUACAUAAAAUAAACGAGAUAAAAUGUAACAUUCAUCAAGACGGUGCAGCAUCCGAUUUGUGUUAAUAUAUAUUUACACUCAGUUAUAUAUAAUUAUUGCCUUAAUACAUUCAUCUGCCUUCUAACAUUAGGAGCUGACAAUAGGUGUACAGAUGUGUCAACAGUUAACAGCACAGUGGUUCUACGGUAUUCCCCCUUAUAUCCAUUUGAGAUGGGUUUCUACAGAGCCAAAGCUGUGUGGUAUUGGGACCAGUGCAACUCCUGGGAUCAGUAGAACUACAGACCGCAGUGAGCUGUGUGACUGCAGAAUAAGUCCAUACUUUCCUCAUCUGAUUCUUUCUAUUUUGAGCCACAUUGUUUCCACUUCUGUUUUUGCAUUCCCUUAUCUACAGUACGCUGUUAGAUUUGUUCCUCAAUCAUGAGCAUGAAGGGAUAUUCUGAGCAUAGAAAACAUUUCUUUUUUUCAAACACAAUUUGUAUUUUGCAGAGAAAUUAUU